AUGGUCGAUCCCUUCACUAAGGCAGCUCACUUCAUUCCGCUGGACGACGACCGAAAGACCUCAUCCGAUCUCAUCCCGAUCUACACCCGCGGAUACUGGAGGCUACACGGAACGCCCCUCAAUAUCAUCUCCGACCGCGAUUCACGGUUCAAUUCCGAAACAUGGAAAGAAUUUUGUGCCUAUGCCAAUAUCAAGCAGCGCAUGAGCACAGCCUUUUACCCCCAGACCGACGCUAAGCACCUAAGGCGUGCCCGCGAGCGAAUAGCACAGUACGCCGACACUCGCCGGAGUCCUGCACCCGUCUACGAAGAAGGCCAACUCGUCAUGCUCAAUGGAAAGAAUCUCACAACCAAGAGGCCCAGCAAAAAACUGGACUACCGGAUGUACGGCCCUUUCGUGAUUGAAAAGGUGAUCUUCCCUACUGUCGUCCGGCUUAAUAUUCCCCAAGACGGGAGAAUUCACAACGUUUUCCACAUGUCACUGGUUGAACCAUUCCGCACGUCUGAUAACCAACAUACCGUGGACUCUGAGGAGGUCCUCCAGGGAGAAGCAGGUCGGGUGGUCAACACUUGCGCCGUGGAACGUGUGCUCGAUUCCCAGAUCAGUGAGGGUAAAGUGCGGUACCUCGUUAGAUGGGUAGGUUAUCCCCACCGAAGGGAUUGGACGUGGAAACACUGGGAGCAUUUCUUCGGAGAAGAGGCGAAGGAAGCUGUACGGGAUUUCCAUCGGCCUAAAUCCGAGAAACCUAGGGACGCUAGAGCCAUGGGCGGUCAGGCUCUGAUCAUCACCGGAGCCUAA